UGUCAUUCCUGUCUAAGUGUGGGGGCAUUUAUAUGGACACUCCCGGCGCAUUUCUACCGUUGUCGUCGCCUCGAUGUUCCGUGUGAAGUCCCAAGGGCGAUGACAUCGUCCCCGCGCCCCGUGUGCCGCAUGUGCGAGUGAAAGCGUGCAACGGCUUUCUAGACGACAGAUGGACAUGAACCCGGUCCGGGCCCCGCUCAGGACCCCGGGAGAUGUUCCUACAGUACUGCCGCCAAGCAGCAACAGCGCCCGGGCGUUUCCACAGAAAGAAACCAUCAAGGCACCGAAAGUCACGCCCGCGAAGGGAAGCUCAAGUGAAGGCCACAGCUCAGACGUUCCAGAGGGAAAGGUGGCUGCGAAGCUGUCGUCUGAGGAGGAGCAAGACGAGAGCAAGAAUUCGUCGGAACAGGACGACACUGAGGCGACGUCGGAGACUGCGGAUGUAAAGUUCGGAGUCAUGCUCUGCAUGAUCGUCAUCACGCUGUGCAUUCUGAUAGGCGUCGUCGUCAUUACCCUCAGCUACAGAUCACAGGAGUCUUUUCAGGUACUGACUACAAGUCCUGUUCUUCCAAAAAUUGAGGACUUCGAGGUUUCAGAGAAGCCGACGAACAAAAGCUCGCAACCCGGGGAACCGGAAGAGGGGAAGAGGAGACUGCCAUACUUGGUUAGGUUCGCCAAGCACCCUUCGGCCAACACAUUUCCCUGGAUGGAGGGCUGCUCCACUCCGGCCUGCCUCGCCAUCCGCCACAGACUGCUGGGGGCCAUUGAGCCGUUUAUGAACCCUUGCAGAAAUCUCAACUACUUUUCGUGCAGCGUCGGAGAGCGCCGAUCUCUCGUCGAUCAGGAGGAGGAGGCUGUUGACGAGGGCCCCGGGGAGGCUGCGGUGCCGGGGGCCGAGAGGCCUGUCCAGUUCUACCGUGCACCGCAUCGCCUGGUACGCGGCCGAGGGCCGAGAAUACAGGCCGAUGGGAAAUCGUUGAAAAGCAUAAUGAUCCGAACGUGCUACUUGUACAGCGAAACGUUGAGAAACUCCCUGGAUGUCUUGCCUAACGUCACGCAGUACUUCAAUCUCAAUUUCCCUAACGUUGUGUUUGAUCCGAACGAAGACCCCGUGGAGAGGAUGCUGCAGCUGUCGCUCGAGUACGGCCUGCACCCGAUCGUGUCGUUCGUGCGUCGCUUUCGCUACACCAGGGACCCGUCGGAGCCUUUCGAGCUGCAGAUCGACAUUACCGAAAGGGCAAGGCACUACUUUAAGUACUGGAACGAACAUUCAUCGGAAGGCUUCUACAACAAGACUUUGGUGCCACUUGGACAACAGCCGACAGACAAAGAUGAACUCAGCAAUGGUGACAUGCUAAUUUCAGAAAUAGUGAAGGAGGACGUUGACCCUGUCACCAACGAGACAAAUCAGGAUAUCCUCGAACAGAUGAACAUUUCUGCGUUGGCUAGUUACACCGAGGACAACAUAACUGCUGAUCGCUGGAAGCAACUCCUGGUGCAGUACGGCCGUUCGCCUUUUGAGCUGCACGACGAGGUGUACGCAAACCGCCGCGCCCUGGCAGUGUUGGGGCACUUUGCACGCACCAACGAGAGAACAUCCAUGCGCCGCAUGCUGGCCUUCCACUUAGGUCUGCUUCUUCUGGACCCGAAGGAACAAGUGAUCAAGCUGAUGAACGGACUGCGGAAAUACGAAAGCGCGAGUGCUACCCAGCUAACGAAAGAAAGUGUCUGCAAGAAAUACGCCGACGAAACAUUCCUUUUUCCUGGCGGUGUGAUGUCCAUCACUCUGCCGGAGUUUGAGAUUCCGGUUGAGCGUCUUCGCAAAGUGGGCACCAUGAUGGCGAACAUAAUGGACUCACUGGUCGCCAUUGGGCGACAACCGGUUCGUGCACGGCACAACAUCACGGAUCUGGGGCCCGCCUUCGACUACCCGGCGUCAGCAAUGAAGGCCGGCUCGGUGUACUUGCUUGACGGUGUAGACAGCACCGAAAACCAAUACCUCUACGUGUGGCUCAGGGAGCUGAGAAUCCGACACGCCCAGCCUCCGAUUAUCCAGGCCGCGCUGGAGGCCAUGAGACAUGCUGGAGACCAGCCCGUCAGGCUGUACCAGAGGUUCAGGCCGCCGUACUUCUAUGAAGACGGUCUCGGGGCCUACAACUACGCCACGCUGGGGCAGAUCCUAGCCCAGGGCGCCGUGCAAGAAUUGGCAUCGGCGACGAGCCCGGAUAUGGAAAAAGUGAAGGCCCACUGGCGCACCUUCUGGGACAAGAGGGCUGCGACCGACUUCAACGCCGCCUACUGCCUUCAGGCGAACCGACAGAAGGCGUUCAUGGAGCCACCCGUGGCCUCACUGAACGAGUCAGCGAUGGGCGGCGUUUCCCUGCAGCGGGCCAUGGGUGCCCGCCUGGCGUACUUCACCUGGCAGCGGCAGCGGGGGAGCGGCAGCGAGGGCCUGCCCAAACUAUACCUGGCGCCUAAGGUGCUCUUCUUCGUCCAGCACUGCAUCCUCGGCUGCUCCCGCAUGGGACCCAUGGGCUCCGAUACGCCAGACGACGGCUGCGCAGUGCUGAUGCGCGACUGGGGAUCGAUUGGGGAGCGCGUUUUCUGCAAGCGCGACGCGCUCAACUUGCCCCAGCAGCGAUGCCGCUACAUAUGAACGUGCGAUGCGCUGUGAAGCCGAGGGUGGGGGCGAGGCGUGUCUAACGCAGCGAGACAUUUCAUGUGUUUUGAGAAAAAAGACGCUGAAUAAUUCUCAACGACGUCUGAGUGGUCUCUCUGUUCUAGGACAAUUAUUUAAUUUUUAAGUCAUGAGUAACCAAUAUACUGAUUACAUCCCUAUUCAUGGCGAUGUAUUAUUGCGUGUAUUUCACUGAUGGCCAUUAGCGACGCAGUGAACACGUUCAUCUCAUGAAUAAUUAAACAGUCUCUACGUUUACACUAACUCUUCUAGAAAGGCUCGUCGGGCUUUUGUAGAAUGUUCCAUUGCAUCUGUUGAAACGUUUAGACAUUUGGCUCAUUCGCUGCAUCACUGUUGCUCAUUCGAAGCAAUGGGGAGCAAACGAGAACACCGCGUAGAGAAGAAGCUUUAUGCACCAAGUACCAAAUGUACUGUUUAGGCUGGAUGACUUCAUUAAAACACUUUUGUAUGUGUUA